AUGCCUGCGUCCGUUCAGCCUACGAUUGAUGUCUAUCAGCAGACCUUUACCUUGCUUGCCCCGAACGGUGAAAAGUUCGAUGUCCAUAUGAACGAUCUCAACUACUUUCGCACGCAAGGUAUCCGUCUUGCCAUCAAUUACGGGUCGCAGAUCGGCGCAUCGGCUACCCUGCUGCUUGUUCUUCUCGUGCUCACCCGACGGGAGAAACGCAAGUCGUCAAUCUUCAUCAUGAAUGCUCUGUGUCUGGCAUUCAACACAAUACGCUCCAUCCUCCAGUCCCUCUAUCUUACCGGCAACUACUUCAUUCCUUAUGCAAUGCUCUCCUACGAUUUCUCACGAGUUACAUGGCACGAUCGUGCCAACACCGUCGCCUCCAACACGAUGACACUUCUGCUGGUGAUCUGCAUCAUGAUUUCACUGAGCAUGCAAGUCUGGGUCGUCUGCAUCACCACACCUAAGCUUCAACGGGUUCUCAUAUUGGGCUCUACUGGCGUCAUGGCUCUCGUCGCUAUUGGCUAUCGAUUCGCUGUCACAGUUAUCAGUAGCAGCUUGGCUAUGGAGGAUAAGGGCAUGGAAGAGUAUGAAACCCUCAUGACGACCAUGACUAUCGUACAAGCACUAGCAAUCUGGUCCUACUGUGUCGUGUUCACAUUCAAGCUCGGCUACGCACUCGUACAACGCCGCAAACUCGGAAUGACACAGUUUGGUGCCAUGCAAAUCAUCUUCAUCAUGGGCUGUCAGAACAUGAUCAUACCUGCCAUAUUCUCCGUUCUCCAAUUCUAUCCCAAGGUUCCCGAGCUUGGCUCGCAAACCCUGACUAUGGUCUGCAUCUUCUUGCCGCUCUCCGCCAUCUGGGCUGGUGUCAUUGCCAGUGAUUCCAACCUCGGAUCCAGCGGUGCCGACGGCCACCAUCGUCUUCUUCAAGGCCAAUUCGGCGGUUCCACACUCUUGAGCACAACCAACGCUAGCGGGACUGGCAAGGGAAGCACAAUCGGCAGUAUCAUAUACCCAACGAAUAACGGCAAGGAUCCCGCAACUCCCACUACGGUCUCCUCCUAUGGCCGCAGAGGCCCCGUUUGUGACGGCGAGAUCCACGUUGACCGCGAGUGGACAGUUGAGAAAGUCGACGCAUCGACCGCCUACAGCGUCUGA